ACAGUCGACAAGAGGUCAUCAAAGAUGGCGUCCAAGGUUGUCCUGCGAGGGAUACAAGAAGUAAAGCCUAUCCUUUCUGUUAACAAGACAGAAUCGCGGAGAAGAGCAUUGAAUCUGUAUAGAGCCUGGUACAGACAACUGCCAUACAUAGUAACGAACUUCCACAUACCACUGACAACAACACAAUGUAAAAGUCGCCUGAGGAGUCAGUUCAACAAAAAUAAAGACCUCAAAGAUCUUCGUGUCAUUGACAUGUUGGUCAUCAAGGGUCAGAUGGAACUUAUGGAGACAGUCAACAACUGGAAGCAGAGAAAUCAUGUUAUGCAGCUUUUCGAUGACUUUUCAGCAGCUUCUAAAUCGAAAGACUUUUUGUCAAAGUUCUAUGAAGGUCAUGAACAGUAACAUCUGGAGGCCCAAACUAGUACUUUGUAUAUAUACACUGAAACUUGCAAGUGUUUGUUUUGAUCCUGGUAUUAAAAUAAAGUGUUUCCAAGACCACCAGUGAACCUCAACACUUCCAAAAUGGAGCAUCUGGUUUUGAUAUGUGAAAGAAUGUGUAGUUAUUUGUAAAUAAAUGUUAAAAUAUCA